CGGAAAGUCUGUGAGCUAUUGGCACGCGCUUGGUAAAGGAUAGGAAACGUUACUCACUUGCUAACCUUUUCUUUUGCUGUAGAGUUUGUUUUCUGUCUUACUUUCGGAAGUUGUUGAACGGAUUAUCUGUCACAUAUGCAUCUGCCUGUAGAAAUACGCUGGAAGUGGACUAACAUUAGCUAGCCAAAUCUGCUAAAUUUAAGAUAUUGGAAAUAACGUUAGCAGCGAGGCAGCUGCUUGGAUUUGCCGGUCUGACCUUGGUUGAUAAAUCUGUGUUAACGCCAUCAUCGAGUUCAAGAAGAAUCGGCAGGAUAGAAGAAAAGGGUAACAUUCACUGCUACACAGCAUUGUUGAUGAGAAGUGACAAAUUAUGGAUAGUGUGGAAUUCAUGAAGCUGUCAAAAUGUCUUCAGUCAUAGGACUCCCUGCACAAGGAUCACAUAUAACAAUUCUCAUAACAAGGGUCAACUUGCAUCCUCUUUGUGUGCUUGUGGAGUUUUGGGGGAAUUUUAGACCGGAGCAGACAGCAGAAUAUGAAUGUCUGGCCAAAGACAUUCAGUCUCCAGGAAAUGCAUUUCAAGAGUUUGAAGGAACUCCCGGAGACCAGUGCUUGGUUCAGAUAGAUGGUACUUGGCACAGGUCCCGCAUAGUCUCAAAAAAUGGCUCAAAAUACAGUAUGUACCUCAUUGACAAAGGGAUGACAUCUAGCACCACUACAAAUAAGCUGGCAUGGGGUAAGAAGGCGCACUUCCACUUGCUACCUGAAGUGGAAUUUUGUGUACUAGCUAAUGUUUUACCACUUUCACCUGAGAACAGAUGGUCUCCAGUCGCUCUUGAAUUUUUGAGAUCUUUCACUGGGAAAUCUGUGAAGGCACAUGUGCAAGAUGUACUGGUUCCCCACAGGACGCUUCUUCUGCACAUCCCUUGUAUAUCCAAACAAAUGUAUGAGAUGGGAUUUGCCAAGAAGCUAUCUCCAGACAUGUUCCAUGACUUUGUACACAUAUCACUGCUGUCUCCUAGUGGAGCUGAAGUGUCAACAGAGACUCAGCUUUCAAUGCGAGAAGUUGAGCAACUGCACAAGCAAGUGCUCUUCAUGUACCCAGAAUUGCCGGCGGGAGCUAUGGAGACUGUCAUUGUCACAGAAGUAACAAAUCCACAGCAGAUCUUUUGCCAAUUGAAGGUCUUUUCACUGGAGUUGAGGAAACUCUCAGAACAGCUCACACAGUGCUGUGAGGGCAGAAUGGCCAGUUGCACUGUAGGUCCAGAAAUGGUUGGUUUUCCUUGUGCUGCGAAAGGAAAUGAUGGCAGGUGGUACCGCUCUGUUCUACAAAAGGUGUUCCCAACUAACAAAGUGGUGGAAGUGUUGAAUGUUGACUAUGGAACCAAACAGUUUGUUCACGUGAAGAACAUAAGACCACUAGCUGGAGAGUUCUUCAGGAUGCCUGUUGUAACUUACCUCUGUUCCCUCCAUGGAAUCAUUGACAAAGGGGUUGGAUGGAAAGCCAGCCAGAUUGACAAUCUCAGGACCCUUCUCCUAUGUAAGACAGUGAUUGCCAAAUUUGAGUAUCGGAGCAUAUCUGAGGGUGUUUACUAUGUUACACUCUAUGGGCAUGAAAACACAAACCUUAACAUCCUGUUUGGGGCCAAGGAAAGCAGUUUGCUGCAAUGUGAGACCUCACUUGUAGAUUAUGCCCUCUGUAGCACUGCAUAUGGCCACAGGCAUCCAAACGAGCAAGAAAGAAUCCAAAGAAAGAUGUUAACUCCUGGGAAGACUGGAGAGGAAAAAGAAGGGAACGGAGUAUUAGACGAGUUUCCAGCUGAAGAACUCCCUCUGAAUUCCUCACAUAUGGCAAUUGUUCAGCAUGUUUCCAACCCAUCAGAGUUUUGGAUCCAAACACAGAACUAUGCCAUUGAGUUGGAGGAAGUGAUGGAUAGUAUCAAUCAUUUAUAUGAAGAUUCAGAUGAUCUUGUGAGAAAUCCAAAUGUUGGGCUCUACUGUGCUGCCAAGGCAAAAGAUGGUGAUUUCUAUAGGGCAACUGUAUCUGAAGUUGGUGAGAUGCAAAUCAAGGUGUUUUUUGUCGAUUAUGGAAUCACCGAAGUGGUUGACAGGCUUAACAUCAGGAUUCUUCCUGAGAAGUUAAAAAUGCUGCCACGGCUUGCACUGAAAUGCACCCUGGCUGGUGUCAGACCUAAAGAUGCAAGUUGGAGCCAAGGUGCCUCUGAGUUUUUCAUUAAAGCAGUCACAGAUAAAGAACUAAAUAUACAUGUGAUAGCAAAACAUGAUGGCAGCUAUGUUGUCCAGCUAACAGAUCCAAAAGCAAAGGGAGAAAGCGAUCUCAGUACACUGAUGUGCAACGCUAACCUUGCUGAAAGAGCCGAAACCCAUACACAGCCCAAAGCCAAGAUGACCAUGCACCCUGCCAUUCUGUCUCUUGCAGAACAUCCAGAUGCAAGAAUCUCAGGUGUAUACAGGAACAGUGGGAUAUCAUUCCAGACCCAAAACACUCAUGGGCCUCCCAGUAAUGAAAACAAUCCUACAUUCAAGGAGUUCAGGGUUCCCAUUGGAAGUUUCCUCGAUGUCAACGUGUCAUGCAUCAUAAGCCCAAAUGACUUCUGGUGCCAACUAGUGCAAAAUGCAGGGCACUUGCAACUGCUUAUGCAUGACAUACAGGCUCAUUAUGAAGGUAGUGAGUUUCAGGCUUUUGCAGGAACAGCUUGUGUUGCUCGCCACCCUGAUAAUAAAAUGUGGUACAGGACCCUUGUACUUAAAAAACAUGAAACACCUCAUGUGGAUGUGUUGUUUGUUGAUUAUGGUCAGACCAAGACUGUCUCCCUCUAUGACCUGAGGAAGAUAUGCCCAGAUUUGCUCACUCUACCAGGACAAGCUUUUCGAUGCAGUCUCAUAAACCCUCUCAAUCCCUUAUCUGUUACAAAUGAGUGGCACGAAGAAGCAUUAGCAAGAUUCCACAACUUUGUUAAAAGUGCUACAUCCAACUUUGUGAUUUUAAAGUGCACCAUAUAUGCUGUCAUGUACAGUGAGCAGAAACAUGUUUACAAUGUUGUGGAUCUAGAAACUCCCUUUGAGAGUGUUUCCAACAGUAUGGUCAAUCUUGUCCAAAGUACACCUCCCAAGAGAGCCUCUGGACCAUCUUUCCAUCUUGACACAUACUGCUACUCAACGCACAAUGUCAAAACAGGGACAGAGGAACAGGUCACAGUGACAUGUGUGAACUCUGUCAGUCAUUUCUUCUGCCAGCUUGAGAGAAAUGCUGAUAUACUGAAAGAUCUCAAGAUCAAAGUGAGCGAUCUCUGCCAUCAGAUACAAAAUGUAAUUCUCCCAACAGUCUUUGGAACACUGUGCUUUGCUAAGUACACUGAUGGGCAGUGGUACAGGGGACAGAUCAAGGCCACAAAGCCAGCAAUCCUAGUUCACUUUGUUGAUUAUGGUGACACUAUUGAGGUGGACAAAUCUGACUUGCUCCCAGUUCCCAGAGAGGCCAGUGACAUAAUGUCUGUGCCUGUGCAAGCAGUUGUGUGUAGUCUCUCUGACGUCCCCGCCAGUGUUUCCAGUGAGGUGAACAGCUGGUUUGAAACAUGUGCAACAGAACGUAAAUUCCGAGCACUAGUAGUGGCCAGAGAACCUGAUGGAAAACUUCUGGUUGAGUUGUAUCACAGAAACACUCAGAUUAAUUCAAAGAUCAAGAAGGUGUUUCCGAUUGAGAUGUACACAGAAGAGCGGGUUGUCUACCAGAGGCAGAAAUCACUCGAAGCUUCAGCAAAACAUGCGCAAAAGAUUCCAAAAGCUAGCCCAAAACAAGCUACAGAAAUGGAAGUUUGUGUCAAGAAAAGUAGUGUAUCUGUCCUGAAACCAGCACAUCGAGUGAAAGAUGAGCUAAAAUUUGCAGAUCUGAAUCUGCAGUCUGUACCAAAGCCAUUGCACCACAUUUGUGAAAACCUUCAGAAAGGUAAACCUUCUCCGUUUGAGAUGUACAGACCUCCUCAUCAAAGGACACAAAGUGGUUCAGAACCAACAGGUGCCCUUGUCACCCCCAGAGAAAAUCUUACCACAGAUGCUGAACAAUUGAUCAAUUCCAGGUCACUUGGCCCCGAAUCACAGAAAGAAAGCAAUGCUGAAAAACUCCCUAAACUUGCAGACUUACCCUCAAAAUCUAUCACAGUGGGUAUGAAAGCAGAUGUUUAUAUCUCACAUUGCAACAGCCCAUUGAGUUUUUAUGUUCAGCUUGUCAAAGAGGAGGGUGAAAUACUCUCCAUUUCAGAAAGUCUUAAUGAUUCCAGAUCAACCCCUAAAACCAGUGGCUUUAAAGAUGUGCAUCCAGGUGACGUUGUUCAAGCAGAGUUUGAAGAUGAUUCCUCAUGGUACCGAGCAGUUGUAAGAGAAAUUCACACCAGUACAAUGGCUCUAGUUGAGUUUGUUGAUUUUGGUAAUACAGCAAUGAUGCCAAUUUCCAAGAUAUGGAGUCUGCCUAAGUCUUUGUUGCAGCUUCCUGUGUACAGCAUGCACUGCAUGCUGAGUAGUGCUGCAGCUCUUGCAAAGGAGGAAGUCCUUGAUCCAGAAGUGGUGUCAACUUUCAAAGAAGACAUUGGGGGUAAUGGAGAAAAAGUGCUCAAGUGCACCUUUGUCAGGAAGUCAGGAUCUGUGUGGGAAGUCAGUCUUGAAGAUGGUGAUGUACAUGUUAUGUGUAGAGUACCAACUAGAUGUUCAAAUGAUGGUUCUGAAAUCGUUUCAGAAAAACUUGAACAAGUUGGGGAAGAACCUGUCCAGAACUCUGACAUAGGGCAAUUGCUAGAGAACUCAGCGGAAUUGCCACUGAACCUCUGUUCUCUACAUUACUAUCAACAAGAGUUUUUAGAGGGACAACAAUUAGAGGCCUACAUCACAAGCAUAAAUGAUGUUCAGAACAUUUGGUGUCAGUGUGCUGACUCAGAAGAGCUUGAUAAGAUAACAUUAACUGUCUCAGACAUUGGUACUGCAGCUGAUCACAAAUGUGUAGAUCCAGGCUUUCUCUCCCCUGGCAGCCCUUGCAUUGCUCUCUUUUCAGAUGAUCAUCUUUGGUACCGUGCAAAGGUCAUCGACAAAGAUGGAGACAGUCUGUCUGUUCUCUUUGUGGACUAUGGAAACAAGUCUCAAGUCAACAUUAGAGAUGUGAGGGAAAUGGCCCCUGACUUGGUGGAAACUCCUCCACAAGCAUUUUUGUGCAAACUUGAAGGCUUUGAUUCAUCCUGUGGUUAUUGGGAUAGUGGUGCAGUAGAUGAGUUGUACACACUUACUGCAGACAAGUUGCUACAGUUGACUAUCACUAGAGUAGCAAGAGAUGAAGAAAAAAUCAAGUGCUUUGUGCAGAUGCAGUGUGAUGGCCACGUGAUAAACGAGGUGAUGAAAACCUGGUGGAAGAGCUCCACAACAGAAAACACACCUGAUGCUGUUAGACUGAUGACGUCCUAUGAAAUACCACUGCAGUGUGACUCGGCUGUAGAAGAGGCUGCACUACCUGAGGAUCAACUAGAGUAUCUGGAAAGCCAAGAAAUGGAUACUGCUGUAACUCACAUUCACCCUCUGAUAGACCCUAGUGAAGAACAGCUCAGUGAUGAGGUGUUUGACCUUCACACUGCAAAUGAAGUCAAACUAGCAGGUAGUCCAAAGACCAGGAAACCCCCUGAGGAUUCUGUUCAUUUGCAGUCUUUUGCUGAGUCCCCUAAAGAAGAGAGGGAGCAGAAUUUGUCAGAAUAUGAUAUGGCUGUUGGAUCUCAGGAAAGUGUUUCCACUGAAGUACUGAACAUAGUCCCUGCUAUGGUUAUAAAUCGGACUAAACCCAAAGAGAUUUUGUCAUGUGAUAGUGUUAUAGAAGAAACUAUGCCAUCUCCACUUAACAAAGUUGACCAAGGUUGUGACAAGAAUGUUAGCGAAACUGACAAAGGCUCAGAAGAGAAGGGUGCUUCAGUGAUGGACACUAUUGGGCCGGAUGACUUAAAUUCUCUACUGGAUGAGAACUUCAACAAGGCCACAGACAAGUCAGAGUUCGCAACAACAGACUUGGAUUCCUCAGUGGAAGAGAUGAACAUAGGAGGCAGCUUUGACAUGGUUUGUUCUGCUCCAAGUAAGGACAGCAUUGACAGCGAGAUUGUGCUUGUAAGAGACAGCUCUCCUACCAGAGUGGCAACACCGCAAAUGAUUCAGGCCAAGUUGCUGCCCUCACCUGUGAUUCCUGCGCAGCAGUUGUCUGAUGCUUCCAGAGAACAGGAAAUUGAAGCUGGAGAUGGCAUCCCACAGGAGGCGCUGCCAUGUGUGACAUCACAUAUCAAGAUUGACUUGAUGACUGAAGAGGAAACCUUGGCUCAUCAUGAGGUACAUAGUAUAGGUGAAAUUAACAUGGAGAAGUACAAACAAGUCAUUUUUGGAACCAGUAGUUCAGCAUUUAUUCAAAAGCAUGCCUUGCUUGCUGACAUUGAUACAGCAGCCAGCAAGCCACGAGCCUGCACAGUUCCCCCUCCAGAUAUGGAUGAAGAGGUGGCCUGUUUUGUUGAAGAGGCCUGUUUGACAGAUGUCUGCACAGUUUCAAAUGAGCCAAGUGACAAUGUUAACGUCACCAGUGCGAGAGAAGUGUGUCUCAGCAGGAUGACAGCAGAGCAAAUGGUCCAGAGCAAAUCAUUUGAAUCCCCAGAGAAUGAAAUGGAAUUUGGAGACCCUUCUGUACAGACUGAGGCCAUUCCUAACAAGGGUAACUCGAUGACUGAAGUUGAAGAGGGGGCGUGUUUAACAGAGAUCUACAGAGACCCUUUGCAAGAAGCUGGAACAGUGGACAGCGAGCAGCUGGUGCAUACACCACCCAAACAAAAAGAGGAUUGUGAUGGCAGUGUGUAUUCAGAAGAAAUGCUGUUUUCUACUGGUGAUGGUUUUUAGACACAGCUGUCAAAGAUAACUCGCCCUUCUCCGAUUGACAGUGGAGGUUCUGCUGAUGUUCUGUUUUGUCAAGCAGCAGCCUGAGGGGUAACAGCCUUACAUUGUUUUUGUUUUAUUUGACAGAGGUUAUAAAAUGCAUACACUUUGUUUUAUUUAAACAGGUUCAAGUUCAGUUUUCUUGUAUUUGUGCUCAGUGAUGGAAUCAAUGUUUUGAGCCAACUCAGCAGGUCCUCCUUCACUUAAUGGCUAAUUUCAGUUCCUAUUCAGGACAGCCAUCUGCUUAGAAGUGUCUUUGCAGAGUAAUAGUUGUCAAAACCUUUGUCAGUAUCCACGUGUUUACCCAGUUUUAAUUGGAGUAGUAUUGUUAUAUGUUCUGCUAAGCUGCCAUAUAAUACUUUGGAAUGCUUUUGAGCACUAAUCUUGUGUUAAAGAUAAAACUGCUUUGAUUGUAAGGUGAACUGUUAGUUUUUGAGAAUGCAACAAUUCUAUUUGGUGUGGAUACAUGCAUUCAUAUUUAUGUUGGCACAAUAAAUAGCCUUACAAAUGAA